UCCAGGCAGAGAAGCAUAUGGAUGCAAUGCUGCUGAGCUGUGAUAUGAAGACGCACCUCCCAAUUGAUCCUCUCCCAUCGUCCCCCCUAGCAAUAAGUGCCCGGCCUUUAUUCUUUUGGGCUUUAUCGAGUUUUCCUUUUCCGCCACGAUAUUCUUUUUCAGACUCUCCCCCUUGCGUUAACGUGGUGUAGCACUGGCUACUCUGCACACUGCAGUCACGGGUGCGCAAUGGCGCAGGAAUAAAGGAGGAUUUAUUUCCGAAAACCCUUCACGAUAGAUACCAGUCGCAACACAAAAGAAAAAUGAAGGUCCGGUCGUGCCGCGGGCUAGUUUCUAGUAUUUGCCCCCUCCUCUGUUCUACUUUCUUCUUCCUGGAAAUUGAAUCUUUCCUUGCCUUGCGGGUCGGCGUGGCGAAUUACAAAGCGAGCAAGCGAGUGUCUACCCCGUUGCCGUUGCACAUCAAGCGGGCUUCACGGAGUGCCACCUCACAGAGGGUCGACAAGGGUUCUGAUCUAGAUCAUGGGACUGACCUGCUCCAUGCGGAGCAGUCGUCGGAGGUUGCCGUAGAACAUUCGGAAGACAAAUCCAAUUCCGAAGAGGAGGAGCAGGAAGAUGAACCCAGUAGCAGCUCCGUGCUAGACCACGAGGUUGUAGAUGGUGACCGUGAUAGUGAUAGCGAUGAUGUUGAUCAACUCCACGACCUUUCCGCCUAUCCGGGAACCUGGGAUUCGAGUUCCGCCGAGGCGAGCGAGAGCAGCUUCAUCGCCGGCGCAGAUGAAAAUGAUAAACAGAGCAGCGUCGUCGAUUAUGUCACCGAAGAUUCAUCUAGAAGCAGCUGGGCGCAUCUACAUCAACACGAGGAAGCAGUAGAAACAACUGCGGGACGAGAGAAUGGAUACGGAAGAAUUCCAGAAGCAGCCGGAGAGUUUUUGCCGUCGCGUCCGUUGCUGAAGCAGAAGACAAAGACUACGCUUGAUGUCGGGGCCAUGAGGAAAAUGAAAGCUGCUUUUACCGAGGAAGUAGAGGAAAAUUAUUUCCCCGCGGCCGAGAUACUGCAGCAAGAAGAAGGACGGAAACGCACCAAAGAGCAGACGAAGAAAGACCGUCUCGCAAGGUCCUCUGCUUCGCGGCAACGAGAUGCACAUUCGCGGCAAGUGUUUCAAAGGCGAUCCUUGCGACCCAAGAACUUUCUGGAACUGGUAUUGUGAGGAAAAACUCCCCCCCCCCAUACUCAAUGUGCUUAAAAAUAUAUGAAUGUAGUCACAAGAGAUCAAUGUCGUGCUAUCUCGCUCCUGAGCAUAAUAUUAAUACUUACGAGAUCUCCGCACUGGGGUGAGCAUAGAAGUUAGGUGCUCGCCUACAAUACGAAUAACAUGCAGGAGGAGCAGGAGGAGCAAGCUUGUCCUUGCCCCCUAGUCUGCGGAUGAUUCCUAAUUGGCCAGUUUUGUAUAGAGAUCAUGCAGAAGUAGAAUAAGGAGAAGAAAGAACUGCUUCGGUAGGGGUUGGCAAUUUUUUCCGCAUGAUAGCUGGGCGAGCGUAGUAGCAGUUUCUUUCCCAAGGUGACAUUCGAGAAGCACUUCGGUGUAGAUUGCCGAACGACGAAUCCAAGUGACUCGGCUGCGGUAGCGGAUAUCCCUGCUGAAAGUGGGGGGAGACGUCGCGUUCCCGCCGGAACUUUCAGGGGUGAGGACAGAGAUGCGUGGAGCGUGACCGUUGAAGGAGACGUUUCAGACAUUGACGAGAGAUGCGAGGAGGAAUGCACGGCCGAUUCUGAAUGUGUUGCGUACGAGACAGCGGCGGAUGGAAUACCGUGGAGUGCGGACGCUCCUAGGUGUGUUUUGCUGCCCUCAAAUUCGGGGACGCGCGUCGUCGGUACAAAUAUGAUGUUGAUGAGGCGCAGGAGUGGUGCCAGUGCUCCGUCUUCUGAGAGAAGGCGAUACAAGGGCACCAGCGGCGUGCAAAAUGUUUGCGCACUGAAAGUCGAGGCCACGUACACCGAGGAGUACAAGAAUGACGUAGCGUAUCAGGAGCACUGGAGCAGCUUUUGCGCCAUAGGGACAGUGGAGUCCGCCGGUGCGGACGGUGAGCGGGCAACUCCAUUUUCGGAAGUGGAGGCAAAUCUAGAGACAUGCAGGAGUGACUGUGAUGCUGAUGAUACAUGCAUCGCAUUCGAGAUUCAGGCCAAGGGCAGUGAGAGAUGGUGUAGGCGGUUCGACACCUCUCGAGGGGGAAUCACGUACACUCGACCCAAUAAGAGUAAUACCAAUAGAGCCAACACGGUCUGCGCCGUGAAAACGUCGGCGUACGUGAGCAAAUGCCAGUGUGACAACGGGGACCAUCAAUCUCAGGACCAGUGGUUCUGCAGUUCGCCGAUGCAGUACUGCACAGCAUGCACGACCGAUAACUACGCACUGCGCCCCAACUGGCCGUUCUCCGGGGAGCAAGGGUGCUACCCAGUGUGCGGAAACCGUGAGUGUCCGGCGGGGGAUGCGGCCACUGGACAGUACUGGAAACGAAAUGAUGCAUCAAACGAUGCUUUUUGCGUGAACCUCACGAAAGAUCAGGCGUCGAACAGCGCAGGUCCUGCAGUGGCAGAUGCCUGCAAAGUUACCUGUUGUGAAGAAGUUCAAGGCUGUAUCGCACCCACGCCUCUCUCGCACCCAUGGGUCGAGAACCUCCACAACGUAGACUGGAACAAAGUGCUGGCGAUGGCGAAGUUCGAGCCCAGUGCAAGCGGGGGUGCUUGGAUGAGCAUAGAGGACGACGACUUAAUAUCUGGUGUCGGCGUCGCAGCACCGGCUUGCAAACACAACGAACAAAAUCCGAGUUUCAAAUGCGAGACCGCUGGGACAGCAGUGACACUGGAUGGCACCUGUACUGCCCCCAUAUUGCAGUGCAGCUGCGAAAACAGCAAAGCUUCUUCGGCGCGCGUUGACUGUAAGGUGGAAGGCGGGCAAAACUGCGGUCCCGACUCGUGCCGCAACGGGUUCACAGAGAGGUCAGGCUGGCCGAGCCCCGAUGAAACAGGGUGCUACCCGGUUUGCGAAGACUACGUUUGCCCUGCGCGAAAUGAGGGCACUGGAGCUUUCUGGCUGAGAAAGAAUAACGUGAUCGACGAGACGCCAUGCGAAGGUGGUUCGAUCGCCUCGGUAGCCGAUGCCUUAGACCCCAGCAAAGUCACAGCCGCAUGCACGGCAACAUGCUGUGACGUUUUCGACGGAUGUUUAGCGCCGGGCUCAGAUGACAAGGCCAAGCUCGAUUCCGGUGACUACGACUGGGAUACCAUCCUUGCGCAUUUCCAUGUUGGUCAAACACAAGGCCAGUUUUCCCCGGAGGGUGGUAGUGCCAUCGCGUGCCAAGGACCACAAUAUACUGGGACGGCUGAGUUCGUGUGCGGCAGUUCGGGACAGGAGCUGCAGGUGAUUUGUGCGGAAAGCGCGAAUCAAUGCCAGUGUAGUAACGGCAACGUCGUGGUCGAUGACUCGCUUUUCUGCGAGUCCGCUCUGGAGAAGUGCGAAACGUGUCAUAGCGGGUUUGAAUUGAGAGACAAGUGGCCGACCAUCGGCCAGAAGGGAUGCUAUCCGGUGUGCGGAGCACUUGGCGCAGAUCUUAACUCUGCGUGUCAAGGUUUGCCGCAUGAUGACGCUUCCGCAGGCAAAUACUGGGUCGCAAACGAUACCGCAACAGCCUCGACAUUUUGUAAUGAUGGAAUCGGUUUGGAUACACUAAAAACGAACCCGUUCGAGAACGAUGGCGCCAAAGCACUCUGCGCGAGCGCCUGCUGCGAGGAAAAGCAGGGCUGCAUCGCUCCAACCGAUGAAGCGGAACUUCAGAAAUUCUCUCUGCCUCCUUCCCACGAUAUCGACUUUUGGACUAAAAAUGACAAUCUCGCACCAUCUGCUGGAGGUUGGUGGAGCCCGGAUUUUGAUACCGUGACUUGUAACGAGGACGCAUGGUUCGUGGGAACGCCGGAAUUGUCCUGCCCCGGCGAGGGACUGCACGUCGAAAUGAAAGGUUGCGAAGAGCUCUGCAGAAAGCCAACGGACGAGGACCUAGGCAAAUUGGAGUUCGACAGCGCUUUCGAUUCGUGGAAAGAUGCGCUCUCAGACGCGGGUCUGACUAACGGAACGGGACCACUUGCGGUCGGUGGCGUGUCCUGCCAAAGUCCAGUUUACAUAGGAACGGCAAAAUUUACAUGCCCGGCAGGUGGCGAUGGCGAACGCGCGGUGGAGAUGUCAGGCUGUGACGUCGCCAAGUGCUCUGAGCCUGUGCCAGACAAACAAAACACAGUGAACCUCGGCAGCGUCACAUGGGACGAGUUGAUUGAGCACUAUCACGUGGGCGUCGAUAGUUCUACGACUCGGUUUGACCAAAAUAUCACCUGCGCAGAGGGUUUUGAGCCUCAGGGAGAUCUGAUAAUUUAUUGCAGCGGUGCGAAUGUGCCGUUGUCGGUGAUGGGGUGUUCCGCGGACGGAGGGGAUUCACCGGUGUGCGACUGUGAAAACGGAGUUGUAGAUGUUGUGAAUGCUUGUCCGUUUCAGAACGCGCAACACUGCGGGAGUUGUGCCGAGGGGUUUCAAGUCAACGACUCUUGGCCACGACCACCGGGCCAUCAAAAGGGGUGCUACCCGGUGUGUGGAGCUGCUGAGAUGCAGUGUGAAUCUUUGCCGCACGACGAAAGAGCAUCUGCGGGCAAAUACUGGGUCACGCCAGAAGGUGGGGUCCGUGCUGACACGUUUUGUGAAUCGGGUAUUGCGUUCCAGACGCUUGAAACAGAUUAUCCACUUAAGGAACUCGACGUGAAAAACAAGUGUGCGAGAGCAUGUUGCGAUGAAAAACAGGGCUGCACGGCUCCGGCCCAGGACCAAUUUGUGCUUCAGGGAGGUAUCGACUGGAGCAGUCACUCUGACCUUCAACCAGAGCAGCAGGAUCCGCUGGAAAUUGCGGGAGCUACAUGUGCCGAUGGAUAUGUAGGAACGCCGAAAUUCUUCUGCGCGGUAGCGGGCGAGGAGGUUCAGGUGGAAGGUUGCCACGGAAUCUGCAGUGCGCCUGUGGCUGCACAACUGCCGGUCGAAUUGAGUGCUCCUGCUAACUGGACCGCGGUGCUUGAAUAUUUCCAUGUAGAUCGGGUUCGAGGGGAGUUGCCGGGUACUGUAGAAGGUGUUGACCCGCAGAUCAAAUGCAACGUCAACGGGAUUUCUACCGGGACGCCGCAGUUUUACUGCCCUGCCAAAGGACAACAGUUGCAGGUGUUUUGCUCGCAGUGCCAGUGUAGCAACGGUAAUGUCAACGCUACCGCUUUCUGCGACUCCCCACAGGAGAUGUGCGAAAGCUGCACCACAGUCGAUCACUCUGGACGCAGUAUUGCAUACGACGUCCGUGAACGCUGGCCUGCGAACAGCCAGACAGGUUGCUAUCCGGUCUGCCAGGGCUUCGAUUGCCCGUCGCGAAAUGAAACCAGUGGCACAUAUUGGAAGCGGAAGGAUAGCGUGACCGACGCGACACAAUGCGACGAUAGUCUCAGCUCGGUAGACGACGCCUCGGACGAAAACAAAGUCGAGGAGGCCUGCACAGUUUCCUGCUGCGAGGAGGUCCAAGGCUGCGUCGCGCCGCCGGACAAUGCUCUCAUGUACCACAUCACGGACGGUUUGCAAGUUGCGAAUAUAAACUGGAACGAUGAACUGAUGAGGGCAGAGCUGCUGCCGGGUAAUACGAAUACCCCCGUGGAACUGUCCGGAGGCAGCAUUACCUGCAAACACGACGAGACAACAAAGCCACUCUUCAGUUGCCCAGCCGCGGGCGACACGGUGGAAAUGACGGGUUGUAAAAAAUGUUGGAUUGCUACCACGGAUAUAGAUUACCUGAAGGGCAAUGUGACAAAUUUCGAACUUGUCACCGAUUGGGAUUUGGUGCUCCAACCGGACGGCGUGUACAGAAACGUGUCAGCAACAGCAGGAGGGCCGUCGCUGGUCUGCGCAGAUGCUUCGGCUCAGGGAGCUGCGGAAUUUAUGUGCCCCGUCAACGGUGGACCAGUGGUGAUGAGCGGGUGCACGCCGCUACGUGCCUGCGGGUGUGCCAACGGCUACCGGAAUGAGACGCGAGAGUGCGAUGACGCUAUGGAGCAACAGUGCGCAAGCUGCGACCAGUCCGGUGGUAGCGGCUACGUGUACGAUCUUCGUGAACGGUGGCCUGACAACGGCCAGACAGGUUGCUAUCCGGUCUGCCAAGGCUUCGAUUGCCCGUCGCGAAAUGAAACCAGUGGCACAUAUUGGAAGCAGAAGGAUAGCGUGACCGACGCGACGCAGUGCGACGAUAGUCUCAGCUCUCUAGGCGACGCCUCAACCGUCAACAAAGUCGAGGAGGCCUGCACAGUUUCCUGCUGCGAGGAGGUCCAAGGCUGCGUCGCGCCACUGGACAAUGCUCUCAUGUACCACAUCACGGACGGUUUGCAAGAGGCGAAUACAGACUGGAGCAAUGAACUGAUGAGGGCAGAGCUGCUGCCGGGUAAUACGAAUACCCCCGUGGAACUGUCCGGAGGCAGAAUUACCUGCAAACACGACGAGACAACAAAGCCACUCUUCAGUUGCCCAAGCGCGGGCGACACGGUGGAAAUGACGGGUUGUAAAAAGUGUUGGAUUACUCCCACGGAUAUAGAUCACCUGAAGGACAAUGUGACAAAUUUCGAUCUUGUCACGGAUUGGGAUUCCGUCAUCAGCCCGGGAGAACAAGAGAAGGAAAUUAGCGUGGUGGGUUCAGACGGGUCUUCUUCACAGCCUCUCGUUUGCAGCGAUCCGUCAGCCAGGGGGUCACCGAAGUUUUCGUGCCCACCCUCGGGUGGCCAGGUGCAGAUGACCUCCGGGUGCGAAGUUGUGGAAUCGUCUGCCGGCCCUUGCGUCAAGCCAAACGACACCGAACGACAAAAGCUGAGCGUCGGCGAUGAUUUCAACUGGACAGCGGUCUUGGUCAACGAAACUUUCGCUCCUGGACAAACGUCCGCGUCGGAGAUUGACGGGGUUUCUUGCGGUAUCCUGUGUAAAAGCGUGCCUAGUACCCCAGACUUGUCAGGCAAAUCUGCAAGCUUGAAAAGAAACGUUUCUCAUGCGCAGCGAUCACGUGUUCAGAGGCGCAGGCGUUUUCUAAAUCCUAUCUGAUGGCUUGUCAUGCUAGAAUCGGGAUAAGCUGUAGCUGAGCGAUUUCUCAUGAGCCAAAAUUCGUCAUGUGGAAGAGCAGCCAAAGCUUGUUGAUUUGUGUAGCCAAAUGGGGUCGGCGGGACAUUUUUGCUUAUGAUAUUUUUAGCCGAUCGCGAUCCCGCGAAGCCCACGUUUUUGUGCGGGGAUGCGGAAGCGGAGCUGCAGAUGCACGGGUGCGCGGUCCGCUGCCGUGAACCAGGGCAGAGCGACUUCGACAAGCUGACCAUAGACGGACAACAAGUCCUCGACUGGGGUUUCUCCGUCCCUCCCGGAACAACCGGUGUAGUGGUCGCCACCGUUUCCUGCCAAGCCGCCGACGCAACUGGCACACCAACAUUUUCUUGUCCAGCUUCCGGCGACGUUCCGGUGGAGUUGUCCGGGUGUGACGCUGCAAGUGACCGCUGCCUUGCGCCAGACCAAAGUACUACCGAGGCCCACGGGUAUCCAUGGGUCGAUGUUCCGUGGGACCAGGUUUUGGGGAAUUUCACUGCUGGCGCUACCGCCGGAUCUUUCCCAGGUCAAAAUUGCCUGCCGGGGUAUCACGGGACGCCGACGUUUUACUGCCCAACUGCAGAUGAAGGUCGACGUACACUGACGGUUUAUGGGUGCGAUCCGGCGGCGCCUUGCACCGCUCCCCUGGGCCCAAUCCUGGAAGACAUGGGAACGAAACUCCUGAACGGCCUCGACGACGUCACUGGAAUCGACUGGGCCGCCGCAAUCCUUGCCGGGGAAGAGAACAAAAGCGUGGGCGAUCUGGCCUGCAAAGCCGAGCUGGGGCCGCCACCGGUGUUUGACUGCCCGGCCGCCGGAGGCCCCGUGGCAUUUGCGGGUUGCGACGGACCCGCAUGGAAACCCUGCAAUCCGACUUGGCAAGAGCAGGCCCUAUUGGAAGCUCGUCUUGGAAAUUCGCUGCAAAACGUGGACUGGACGGUCCUCGUGCCGGGAGCGGCCCAGAUGGCAAAUGUGACCGACCAAAACGGGGACCCCCUGGUGUGCAAGGAGGGCUUGGUCCCCCCGCCGACCUUUUGGUGCGAGAUGGAAGAGGGAGCGGUCCAGAUGGCGGGCUGCGACCAGGAAGCAUCUCCGGAGGAGGAAGAUUAUAUCGCAUGUAAAAACGACCCCAUAGUCAGGUUGGGAACUACUACUGUCGUGCAUAACACAAAUCCCGAAGUUUUGCUGGGAGUCACGCAUGACAAGUUUCGACCGAAAAACAAGCGACAGCGCCUCUUUGAUUAUUGGGGAUUCCCGCACUCGCACAACCACAAUAUUCUUGUUCCUGCAUGUAGAAGAUGCUGAUCUGCAUGACAUCUUUGUUUAGCAUGACAACUUUGGCUUGGGAACGUUUUUACACAGGAUAGAAUCGUCACACGGGCCGCUGAUCGAGCCCUGCGCGACUCCCGCGGCAGAGGCGGCGUGGCGCGCGCGGGUAAACGCGUCACAGGUGAGCGCCGUGGACUGGGCUUCGGUACUCCAGGAGGAGCGCUUCCGGCCUACUGGCGUUCUUGGCGAGACGGUGCCGGCGCAGAACGGAGUCACCCUCGCAUGCAAAACCGGAUUUUCCGGUACUCCCAGGUUUUCCUGUCUCCACGAUGGUGAUGAACUGCAGAUGACGGGUUGCGUCGCCGCCAGUACGGGACCUGAGGAAGGUGGGAACCAAGAUGGGUUACCAAAACGAAAAGAGCAGGAGCUGCCCCUUUGAUGUCCCAGAAAUUUUAUUAACGAGAAGUAGAGUUUGAUGUUGUAUUGAUCGCAAACGUGGAGAUAGAGGUUCCACUUCCAGCUGAACAUGGGAACUUUUGCAUGGAAAAAAAAGCGACUCGUUCUGUUUUUUCACACGAUAUUGAAGGUAGUUUUGCAGGAGCUCCAACAUGACUGACAUCGCAUGAUCUGGUAACCAAAUGCGUGCGCGCGCGCGCAGAGCGCGCGCCGGCCCACGAAGCCGGCGCGCGCGCUCUGUGCGCUUGCGAUAUUGCUUAGCAAACGCAGCGCGAAGGCAGUUGCCGUUACCAUAUAGGGCAACCGCCGGGAGGCGUGAAGGUCAGGGAAAUGACCAGAAAUGAAGCGGGAGAAGGGAAAAAAAGCGGACCAGAUGGGGAAAUGGCCAGGAGGGCAAAAAUGUCGUAAAAAAGGCAGAAACCAAGCGGGAGAAGGUGAAAAAAGAGCAUUUUUGCGGUUUGGCCCACUUGAUAUCUGAAAAGGAGACGGACUGUUUUUUGCUCCGCCCGCUGGGCAGCUGCGUUGGAGAAGCAGGCCCGCGACCUGUUCGGAAGCCUUGGGCCGCUUCGUAACUGGAAAAAGUUGGAAAAAAAUGGCAAAAAUUUGCUUCAUACCGUGGGCGGAAGCAAUCGUCGGAUUUUGUGCAGAUCCCCCGGGCCACUUGGAAAAUGAAAAAAGAUGAAAAAUUGCGCAAAAGCGAAAUCCCUCCGCAGGCUUCAAAACUGCCAGGCAGGUGGGGGCGGUGAAAAUGUGCAGAGCCCUUCGGCCGACUAAAAACCAGAAAAAAAAGCGAAAACGAAAAAAAAUCGAGAACCCUCGGCAGGCUUACAAACUGGCCGCCAAGGGCGGUCCGGCGGGCGCGUGGUCGCGCCAUACCGUCGGGAUUGUGAAAAAAAAAACGCACUAGAAGCGGGCGGAGGGAUGUCACAAAAUCCCCAUUUGCCCUGGUUUGUGGGCACAAAUCCUGCACCUCCGCCGCGUCUGAAAUGGCCGAUUUUGGUGGCCCGGAAGGGUCCGCGGGGAUUCGGCUUUCCGCAUACCUUCUUGGCCAGGAGGCGAGUUUGUCAUGCAGGGGGCUAGAAAGGAUGCCCCGCUGCGAAGGUGGAUGGCCACAUACCUUCUUGGCCAGGAGGCCAGUUUGUCAUGCAGGGGGCUAGAAAGGAUGCCCCGCGGCGAAGGUGGAUGGGGGGCGUCCGGGGGGGGCUUGCCCCCCCCCGGCCACAUACCUUCUUGGCCAGGAGGCCAGUUUGUCAUGGAGGGGGCUAGAAAGGAUGCCCCGCUGCGAAAUAGCAGACCGGAUUUCGCCUUCAAAGCUUAUCGCAGGAGCCUGCGGGCCGCCGCGGGCUCCACCACUUCCCCGCGGCCCAAGGGCCGCGAGCACAACUGCGGCCCGCGACCCAAGGAAGAAGAAGAAGUGGGAUUCUAAUUAAAAAAAAUGGUGGUGGCAGCCGCGCGGCUGGUUUGGCUUUCGCGCUGGUUAGAUUUUCGCGCACGCAUUUGGUUACCAAUAUCGCCCUCCGGGCGCGAUCUUCAUAAAUAAUGAAAAGCGCAGCUCCCGCCAGUGCUGGUGCUCCGUGCUCCGUGCUCGUGCCGCCUACACAACCACACAGAUUGCCGCUAUUCUGGCCGCGGGAAAAGCUGCUACACUACAUGCAAGGAAGAACAUCGUUUCUGCAAAUCGCAAAAAAAUUUCUUGAUAGUUCUGGGUUACUAAAACAUUUCUAUGAUAAUUCUGGGUUACUAUAGAAAAGGGGCGCUUUCUACCUGGAUAGGAGUCCGCACCGGACGAGGACGCCGAGACAGGGCGGGAACCGAGUACAGGGGAGGAGGAGGAGGGAGAAGAUGAAGGGAGCAGCAGCAAUUGCUGCAUGAUUGUCAUCUUUUUCGUCGUGGUGCUCGGCGUGGUAGUGAUGAUCGGCGCUGUCGUGUUCUUAUCAAAUGUAAAAGUGUCUGGGUCUGGAAGAUUGCGAGAUUUGUCAUGCAUAUUUCGGAUCACGCUCACGCAAAUGGCGUCUGAUGCAGGCAAAAGCAUCACAGGUCUUACGCACGCCUCAUGAUGCCUGUCCCGCAUGAGAAACUUCCUACUUGCGUGCCAAGAAAUAGACAGCUUUUGGCGCUCAUGCAACACAAUUUUUUUGUGUGUUCCAGAGUUUGCAUCACAAGUUCCAACCCUUCCAGACCCAGACAUUUUUACAUUUGAUAGUUCUUAUUCUGGUCAUAUCCUGGGGAAAAACGUACCUAUUCACUUACACUCCCGACGUGGUCCCAAGUCCACGACAGAAGAUGUUGAGCUCCUUUUGAUGUAAUCGUGCAGAAGACAGUGAAAAAUACACUCGACGAGAAAUGCAUGCUCAUUGUUCUGGAUCUGGUGUAGUGACUCCCAGCUAAGUAAAGCCUCAUUCCUCGUUCUGAUUCGUGUAAUAUUCAGAUUUCUUUGUCCGCCCGAACGAGAUUCUUCACAUGCCAGCUGCGCGUCAGGCCAAGCGUUCUUCUAGCUUUACAGAGGCAUACAAUUUGAUUUCCGAACAGAAAGACGGGGUUCGUUGGUGGGAGGGACGUUUUUUCUCAUCAUAUGCUACCCGGUGGUGAGGAGGACGACGAUAAGAAGAAAGCCACCAGUGCGUCCAGCCAGACAAGGCGCAGUGGUAGGGACAAGAAGCUGAAGCUACCCGGCUCGGCCGGUAUGGAAUGGAAAUAAAGUACAUCACCCAUGCAUGAAGAUCGUUGUACCACCAGCAUCCUGUCGCUGGGGUCCUUGUAAUUUUUAUCAACAGGCUUUGGGCGACGUGAGCAGCUGUUUUGGUGUAGUCGCAGUUGCAGUCCUGCUGCUCUCGACGUCUUCAGAAGCAGAUGAGUACGUAGUACUGCAUUUUCAAUAGAUACCUCUUGCGUUGUAAGUACUCGAUAUUGCGGAGAUGGAUCAGUAGAAGUCGCGAAAAAUGUUAUAGUCUGGAGGUUCAUCAUGAGCUGCAAAGCAUAUAUUCUCGUCGGCUAUGGCACUUACUUUUGUGGGCGGUGUACUUUGAGUUUUCUAUGUGAUAACAGACAAGCAGGAUAAUUCGGGCAAGCGCAAAGACAAAGACGACGACGACGACGAUCGGGGCUCGGAUAGCCCAGGUGGAGAUGGAGCCGACGCCAGUAAAACCACGAGCAAGAAGAUGAAAAAGAAAAAAUCGUCCGCUUCUUCCGACGAUGAGGUUGCUGCAAAGACGAACCAGGAGGGCAUAUCUUGGGUAAAAACGUCCCCACGACCGCAUGUAAUGUGUCUAUGCAAAUUACCUGCAUACCCAUGAUACCGAAAAUGUUUCUCAUGCGCAGGAGCAGCUUCAUGAGAAGCAAGUUCCGAUGAUGUUUUUGAUUUUGUGAUGAUUAUAAGUUGAUCGAUUUGUUGUGAUGCGGCGAAACUAGCUAAACGUGACUACGCGGUGGGUGGGGAUAUUUUUCGUCAGGAUAGGGCAGCGCGGGGGUGAUUGGAUCCUUUGCUUCCGCUAUCACAGAGCAGGGGGGAGACAGCGUGCAGGGGCGGGGCUCGUCCUUCUCGGCCGGCGCUCCUGUUUCGGACCUGCAGAGCGAAGCUCCGGAGGCCACAACUGCGAAACCAGGAGAUAUUAGACAGAAAGACCCGAACAAAUCCUCAAAAAAGGACAAAAAGGACAAGCAUGGCGAGUCACAUAAUAAGUUGGGGAGCCAGGGGAACAAAGACGCUGGUACGCGGGGCGACAAGAUCCUCGGUCACGCAGGAACGGGCUCAUUCGCCGACAAGACCCUCGCCGACUUAGGGAGCGGCGACGCCACGGCGACGGGCGGAGCCGACGCGACGUCGACACAAGGGGACAUGAGGAGUAGCCAGCAGGAGGAAGCCGCUGCCCCGCCACCGCCAACCCGCCGGGUGUCCGCGUUAGACCAGGCGUAUUCCAUCAUGGCGAAUAAGCCUGACGACAAGGAGAAGGACGACACCAAGUCCUCUGCGUCAAAGAAGGCAAAAACAAAGAAGAGCGCAUCUUCUUCCGCGAAUAAAAGCAUAACCAACGAGGCGAACAGUUCCAAGGGCGGUGAGACCCCGAAGCGGCCGUCGGUGAUCCCCGCCUUGAAUUUUGACAUUUUGCCCGGGGAAAGCGAACAGACCCCGAGUUCUAGGCGGUCGAAAACGAGAGCUGCGUCUGUUGUGAAGCGCGCAAGAUCCGUAUCCGGGACAGUGCGGGCCUUGAAGAGUGGCGUCAAGUCUGCCAAGUCCAAGAAAGCACGGAGCAGCAGUCAGGUCCCGCGGCCCUCGAUAUCCGGCGUACACAAAUCAGUAAACCCCUCCACCACCGAGAUGGAUGAUCUGUUUUGAAAAAGGAUUUAAGUACGAGGGCUUGCAGUGUUGUGAAGAUUGUCAUCGCGCAUGAACAUCAAAUUUGCCUACGUGCUUUCGCACAGACAAAUUUCAUCUAGUCGGUUGAGAAUUUCAUUUUGUACCGAAACACAGGACGAAUCAAUUGCUAUUUCAUGAAGCAGCUCCAGCUGCCACGAAGUCAAAAAGCAGUGUGACAGAAGAAUCUUUGGGAGCUGCCCUGCUCGCUACUUACAUGUGCACUCCACUGCAAGAGUCGCGUAAAUUUCACGUGAUAAAUAAUUUCGGUGGAAAUUAUACUGGAGGGGUUGUACUAAUUUACGCUGGAUAUGCGGCAUCUUUCAGCGAAGCAACUGGCUCUGGCGCUAAAGUCAGCUCAAGAGUCAGCUCAAGAGCCAGCUCGAAAGUCGGCUCAAAAGUCGGCUCGAAAGUUGGCUCGAAAGUCGGCUCGAAAAUUGGGUCCCAGAUCGGGCGGCCUUCCGCUGCGAUGAACUCGUCGGGCGGCAAGUCAAAGGCCAAGAAGAGGCUAAAGAAAAAGCCGACCAACUCCUCGAUGAGUUCGAGGGUGAGCAGCAGACAGAGCUCUAGAUAUCCUGAGCAAAAACAGCCCCCCCCAUACCAGAGCCAUCUUCCGGGUGCUCAUGAUUUAGCAUGUGGAGCAAGAGGACCAGUGGUUGACUCAUGCGGGUCGUUCUCAUGAAGUGUGUAUCUUUUUUAGAGUGGUCUUUGCCUUUGGUCAUGCGCGUAAUCUAUCAGUAUGAGAAGCAAGAUCUUUAUCGUCGAUGUUGCCAUCGUCAUAACAGCUAUCGCUACUUAAGGACGACCGCGCUGCGUGUCCAAGUUUAUCAUUGCGAAGCUCGUGGAUCCUUUGCCUGGAAGAAGGCGCAGCGUGACUGGGGGCUGGGGAGGUUUUUGCAGCGGAUAAUAGGGCCUCUGCAAGGAUGAAGAAACCAGCAGUGGGAAGAAAGAGAUCCAAGUUAUAG